UCACUACAACAAAAAUCAAUAGUCGCCGCCAUAUUUUUUCACCAAAACUGCAGACUAAAACGCGCUUCAGAGUCCCAAAUAUGUUUAGUUAAAUAAGUUAGUACAGAUAAAAGAUUGAGAAAAGUGAUUAUAUUGUGCUGCAGCACAUAAGAGCGAUACGAGAGAGCUCCAUUAUCCAAGUUGCAUGAUAUAAAACGCUUGGAAUCGAAUCUCCGGCAUUUCUGUUCUUCUUCUUCUCUCAUUCGUGCUGCUGCAGUGUGCGUCCGAGUCCCGCGACUGUGUGUGUGUGUUUCUGCGUGUGACUGUGUGUGCGUCCCAGUGCUGGUGUUUUUGUGCGAUAAUAAAAUAAUUGGUAGACGAGGAGCAUGGAAGGAGCCCAAGUAUCUUCUCCGUCGGUCGGUGGCCCACGUGGCGGGGGCUUUCGGGGACGCGGAGGAGGUGCACCCAUGCGCGGCGGAUUCGACCGUGGUCGUGGGCGCGGUGGUCGCGGCCACUUUAUGGGUGGCAUGCGCGGCGGAAUGGGCGGAGGACCGCCGGGAAUGCAGGGAAUGAUGCCGGGUCCUCCACGCGGCAUGCGUGGACCCAGAGGUGGGAUGGGCUACCAAGGACGCGGCGGUUUCCAGCCCCGCGGCGGCGCUCCAAUGGGUAUGCGAGGCGGACGUCCGCCCAUGUACCAACAACCUCCCAAACAACACACAGGUGCCGACAACAACAAGACGGUGUCGCCCGUGCCCACAACAGCGGCGCCUGGCGAGCCACAGGCCAGCGAAGCCGCCGGAGAGCAGGAGACCACAGAUUCCCAGGCCGCGGUGCCAGCAUCUGUGUCCAACAACUCACAUAGCAGCAGUGCUCCAGGCAGCAAUGGUGGUGGAGGAGGAGGAGGCGGACCUCCCCCAUACCUGGGACGCGGUCGUGGACGUGGCGGUCUUUUCAGUGGACGCGGUCGCGGCGGUGGUUACAAUCCCCAUAUGAAUGGCAGUGGAGGCGGCGGCGGCAUGUACGGUGGUCCGCAUUCCCAUCACAGCAACUCCAUGGGCGGCGGUCCUGGGGGCGAUCACGGACAAAUGCCACGACGUGGCGCACCCCGUGGCCGAGGCGGGUACAAUCAAGGUAUGAGUCGGCCACCCAUGCAUCACCAUCAGGCACAUAAUCCCAAUACACAAAUUGCACCGGUACCAGCUCUCAAACGCGGCGCACCUGGUGGUCCUGGUCCAAAGCGUGGACGCUAUGAGGGUGGUCCCUACGGCCAGCGACCCAUGACGCCCAAGUAUCAUAACUCUCAACAGCACAUGGGCGGCGGCGGUGGCGGCAUGGCCUCGCAGUCAUCCUACGGUUCGGCCCCCAGCCAUCAUUCAUCGGCUCAAAGCCACCAUGGCGGCUAUCAGACCCACGACCAGACACAGCAGGUCGAUCCGUAUGCGCAGAGCAGCUAUAGCACAUCGACCUCGCAGCAGGGCUACAAUGGCUACGGCCAGAGCAGCAGCAGCUAUGCAGCGCACACAUCUCAAACAAGUGCGCCGGCCAGCAGCAGCUAUGCCACCCAUGGCACCGAGUACGAUCAGAGCCAGUAUCAGAGCUACAACUCGACGGGCUAUGCCGCACAGCAGGAUACACGCUAUCCGUCGUACAGCCAAGACUACAGCCAGCAGUACGGAUCAACGGCUGUGGAUUAUAAUGCGACUGGCCAGACGGACUACAGCCAGCAUGGACAGCAGAGCGCCGCUGGCUACGAUGAGCGAGCCUAUGCAGGCUAUGACUCGCAGGCCUAUUCGCAGAACUAUUCGAAUGCCGCCGCUUACUACUAGACAACCGCAUAAACGUCUCCUCACCCGCAACCGUAGUGGCCAGACACCAACCAGACAGAGCAAAAGAACGCUGCGCGUGCUCCGAUGAUGGGCGGUCAAGUAACCAAAUACAAAAAAGGGAAUUUUAGGGCAGAAACAAGAAAGUGGCAAACAGAAAUCAUGUACGAUUAUAACAGGAGGGAAUGAAGGAAGGAAGUAUAUGUUUAAUGCAUAAUUAAUUUGCUAUAUAUAAUAUAUAAUACAAUACCAACACACACACUCAAACCCAAAACACACACAUAUAACAUAUAUAACUGUAGACGUAAUGAUAAAGUUCUUCUUUUCUUAGAAAUUAAGCAUUAACAACUAACCAUGUUGCUGCGUCUCUUUCCAUAAUCUUUUACCCUUAACCGAAUCGAAUCAAAUUUCUCCCCAUAUUGUAUUUUUGCGUUGUUCCUCCCUCGAAUCCCCCCGCAUCCGCCUCAGCAGCUGAAUCGAUGAAAAUCGAUCUCAAUUGCCCCUCUGUUGUUUAAUGUUUUGUUAGUGGACAAACGGAGCCAUGUGCUCCAGCCUAAAAAAAUUGAAAAGAAGCACACAAAAAAAAUAGCAUGUGCUCCUCCCCCCACCCCCUAGUUUCUUUUACAAUUCAAGUGUGUGACCAAAGUAUGUUUAUAGAUUCAUAUUUUUUUACAUCAACUGAAAAAAAAAAACAGAAUACCACAUUGACAGUCGCGAUCCGAACCACUGGAUAGAACUGAAAUAAAAUUAAAUUUAUAUUGUAAAUCAUGUCAUUGUCAUGUCAUGUAUACAGAAGAAUAUUCUAUUCGUUGUAUAGAUUUUAGUUGAUAAGCUCAAAACCCACACUGAAACCACCCCAAAGCAUACAAUAAUUAAGCAUGAUUUUGCAAGAUUGACAAAGGCCAGAACCUUUAUUUCUUUUUUGGGUUUUUUUUCUCCCUCUCUCCCCAAAACAAAUUUCACAGUAGCCACAAUUUAAGCAACCCGAAAAAGCACGUAACUAUAUGUAACUCUUAUUAAAUAAGCCUGAGGAAAAGUGACGAAAUAUACAAACAAAUAUAUUAGCAAAAGAUGCAAAAAUCAUAACAAUUAUCAAAGUCAAUAAAAUAAUGUUCAAAAAUGUGUGUAAUGCAUUAAUCUUAUUUACACGUACAUAUUAUUAUUUCCAAAAAAAAACAUACUAUAUACUAUUCUGUUUAAAUAAAUAAGCUAAAAAGAAA